CGGCCCGUAGCGUAGUACUACGCAUCAGCUCUCUCUCUUUCCUCGAGGCCUCAGUCAGUAGUUAGCCACUAGCCACUGAACCAGAAGGCGGCCAUGAGGCAAGGAGGAGGCGGAGGCGACGGGGUGAGCCCCGGCAAUGUCCCGGUGUGCUACUACGGCGCGGGCGGGCGCGUGUCGGCCUCCCUGGAGCGGCGGGUGCGCGCCGCCGAGGUGCUCCUGCGGUGCGCGGCGUGCGCCCUCGCCGUGCUCGCCGCCGCCCUCCUCGGCGCCGACCGCCAGUCCCGCACCUUCUUCUCCAUCCAGAAGGUCGCCCGGUACACCGACAUGCAGUCCCUCGUGAUCUUGGUGAUAGCAAGUGGGAUGGUUGCCUGUUACAGCCUGCUGCAGGGCGCGCGGUGCCUUGUGAGCAUUGUCAGGGGCGGAAUCCUCCUCAGCAGGCCCUUGGCGUGGGCUAUCUUCUCGUGUGAUCAGGUGAUGGCGUACGUGAUAAUCGGAGCGGUGGCGGUGGCCAUGGAGGCGGCGCUGCUGGGCAAGACCGGGGAGGUGGAGUUCCAGUGGAUGAAGACGUGCGAGCUGUACCAGCGGUUCUGCACGCAGGCGGGGGGCGGCGUUGCGUGCGCCGUCGCCGCCAGCGCCAGCAUGGUCGGGAUCGCCCUCGUCUCCGCCUUCAACCUCUUCCGCCUCUACGGCCACGGCAAGGGCAGCAGCAAGUGAACCCUCGCUCCGUCUGCGUGCAUGCAUGCAUGCAUGGCCGGCCUCUGUUUAGGUUUUAACGACACUACCGAAUCCAAAUGCAGCCCGGGGAGAGAAGGAGAACCGUACGUGCGUAGCGUAUGUAGCUGCCGUUGAUCGUUUUUAGUUUGUUGGUGUUGACACUCAUGGUGUCAGGCUGUCAGCGUUAGCCAUAAGAAGCUCUGUGGGAGAAAAGCUAGACCGGUUUCUCUGUAUAUGAUGUCAAGUGAUCCACAAGGUGUUUGUAGACAGUAAUACUAUGUGCGUAAUAAAAGAGGAGCAAGAAAGCGAUGUA